AUGGUUUUGAUCAUCAACGAGAAGCAAUGGAGGCUCUCCUUCAAUGGACGACAAAGAUGGCAAACGGAAGCAGCAACAACAACCCAUGUAAGUGGGAGGGAAUUACUUGCAAUAAUGAGGCAGGUGGAGAAGUCAUCCCCAUCCAUAAUAAACCUCUCUAGUAUGGACUUGCAAGGUACGCUCCAUCACUUUAACUUCUCAUCCUUCCCUAAUCACCUCCGUCUUGAUCUCCAUAACAAUUCACUCUCUGGUCCCAUCCCUCCCACCAUUGCCAACCUUUCCCAACUCACCCACCUCGUUCUCUUCAAUAACAAUUUCAACGCCUCAAUACCUUCUACUUUAGGUGCUCUGAACAACCUGGUUGUUCUACUUCUCGGUGAAAAUCAAUUUUCUGGUUCCAUCCCUUCCACCAUUGGAGGCUUGAACAAUCUUCUUCGGUUGUAUCUGAACUCGAACCAAUUAAUUGGAUCAAUUCCCAUGGAGAUAGCAAACUUGACGAACAUUAAUGAGUUGAUGGUGCAUCAAAACAAUCUAACAGCUUCCAUCCCAUCUACUCUGGGAAACUUGAACAAUCUCACUUAUUUGUGGUUGUUCGAGAAUCAGAUAUCUGGAUCCAUCCCACCUGAACUUGGGAGGUUGCGUUCUCUUGUCCAGCUUGAUUUGUCAGACAACAAAUUGACAGGUUCAAUACCUGCUUCUUUUGGAAAUUUGAGCAAGCUAAGGUUCAUAUACCUCUAUGGGAAUUCACUCUCUGGUUCCAUUCCUAUGGAAAUUGGAAACCUGACCAAUCUCUCUGUGCUACAAUUGCUGGGUAAUCUUCUCACAGGUUUUCUCCCACCAGAAAUUGGAAACCUGAGAUCUCUUGCAGUUAUUGAAUUCCAGAAGAAUAAUCUCAAUGGUUCAAUUUCGGCAUCUUUUGGAAACUUGACAUCUCUUACUGAAUUUGCUUUGUAUAGGAACGGUCUCACUGGUUCAAUUCCGGGGUCUUUUGAAAACUUGAGGUCUCUUACUGUACUUGGUUUGUAUAGUAACAAUCUCAGGGGUUCAAUUCCUGCUUCUUUUGGAAACUUGAGGUCUCUUACUCGACUUAUGUUGAGUAACAAUAGUCUCACUGGCUCACUUCCUCCUUUUGGAAAUUUGACCAAUCUAGUUUAUAUUGGUCUUCAUUACAACCAAUUGUCCGGUCAAGUACCUCAGGAAAUCAGCAAUCUUACAAAAUUGCAAGACUUGCAACUUGGAAGUAAUCAUUUUAACGGGUAUUUACCACAACAUAAAUGUAAAGGGGGUUAUUCAGAACUGGAAUAUUUUUCUGUGGAAAGUAACCAUUUCAUAGGCCCAAUACCCAAAAGCAUGAGAAAUUGCACCAACCUAAUAAGAGUCCGGCUUGAUAAUAACCAUCUCACAGGAAACAUAUCAGAAGUCUUCAGUGUUUACUCGAAUUUAGAUUACAUUGAUCUAAGCUACAACCAAUUGCAUGGGGAGGUUUCACAGAAUUGGGGGAAGUGCCUAAGAUUGACAGACCUCAAAAUCUCAGGAAAUAAGAUUUUUGGUCCAAUACCACCCAAGCUCGGAGACUCAACUCAAUUGCAAGGACUUGACCUUUCUUCCAAUCUCUUGGUAGGCCAGAUUCCAAGAGAAAUGGGGAGGCUUAGUUCUUUGCUGAUACUAAAGUUGAACGAUAACCGACUCUCUGGCACCAUACUUGAGGAUGUGGGAUUUUGCUCCAAACUUCAACAACUUGACAUCUCAAUGAACAAUCUAAGUGGAUCUGUUCCAAAUCAACUAGGGAAAUAUUGCAUGAAUCUUAUUUACUUGAAUUUGGGUAAGAAUAGAUUCAGCGGAAGCAUUCCAAUUGAAAUUGGUAAUUUAGUUUCCCUACAGAUGCUACUGGACCUUAGCGGCAACUUGUUCACAGGAAAGAUCCCUCUGCAGCUUGGAAGCUUGGACAAGCUAACAAAUUUGAAUAUCUCUCAUAACAAGUUGCUUGGUUCCAUUCCAUCUGCUUUCACUGCAAUGGUCAGUUUGAUAACCAUUGAUGUAUCCUACAAUGAGUUAGAGGGUCUCCUACUUGAUAAUCGAGCCUUCCAAAAUGCUCCAAUGGAAGCUUUCAUUCACAAUAAAGGUUUGUGCGGCAAUGCCACAAGUUUGCGACCUUGCAGCAUUUCUAAGCUAUCCCCAAAAAAGAACCACAAAGCCAUCCUUCUUAUGAUCAUAUCUCUCUUAGCAGUACUGUUGUUUCUUCUAUUUGCAUUUCUUGGGAUUUUUUUAUUUUUCCGUCGUAGGAGGGAAAGAUGCAUAGAAGAGAACCCAAUUACAAACCAACAACAACGUAGAGAUGUGUUUACAAUAUGGAACUAUGAUGGGAGGAUAGAAUACCAUGACAUCAUUGAAGCAACUGAGCAGUUUGACUCCAAAUAUUGCAUUGGUGUGGGAAGACAUGGAAGUGUUUAUAAAGCAGAGUUGUCAUCAGGUCAACUGGUAGCUGUCAAGAAGUUUGCCUCUUCUUUUUCAGAUGGCAGCGAGAUUUUAGAUCUAGAAACUUUCAGAAAUGAAAUUCAAAUAAUGACAGAAGUGAGGCAUCGAAACAUCGUAAAGUUGUAUGGUUUCUGUUCACACGUGAGGCACUCAUUUUUGGUUUAUGAAUAUGUGGAGAGAGGAAGCUUGGCUAAGAUCCUACGCAUAGACGAAGAAGCGGUAGAAUUGGAUUGGAGUAAAAAGGUUAACAUUGUCAAAGGUGUUGCUCAGGCUUUGGCUUACAUGCACCAUGAUUGCUCACCCAUAAUUCAUCGAGACAUAUCGAGCAAAAAUAUUUUGUUGGAUUCAGAAUUUGAGCCUCAUGUCUCAGAUUUCGGCGUUAGUAUAGUUUUAAAACUUGAUUCAUCCCUUUGGACAGCUCUUGCUGGAACAUAUGGAUACGUUGCGCCAGAACUUGCUUACACAAUGAGGGUGAUUGAAAAAUGUGAUGUCAAUAGCUUUGGCAUAGUAACAUUGGAAGUGAUAAUGGGAAAGCAUCCAGGAGCACUUAUCUCAACUUUGCCAUCGUCAUCCUCUUCAACAUUCCCUUCUAUUGAGCAAAACAUAUUGUUGAAAGAUAUACUUGAUCAACGUAUCUCACCUCCCAUAAAUCCAGUUGAUGAGAAAUUAAUUUCGAUUAUGAAGUUGGCAUUUUCUUGUUUGCAUGAAAUCCACAAUCUCGGCCAACAAUGCAACAAGUGUCUCAAGAGCUAUCAAUUUGCAUUGUUUCCCAUAGCAAUUCCACACAAUAACUUUGGGAGAACUAUAGAAUCGAUUUUGAGGUGA